UAGCGGAAAUUAGAAAAUUCUAUUUUAGGUUACACUUGCUUGUUUAUUAUUUUUUCAUAUGGCAAGUUUUGGCUGUUUCCAAUUGUCAACUUGACAGCUUGUUCCAACUUCUGCCACAACCCACCAACCAAUCAGAGGCAAGUCGUGUGCCUACCCAAGCGAACGUAUAGCGAGGGAAAAUAAAUAUUCUGCCGAAAGGUAUCGACUACGCGUAAUGUUCUUAGUGGUUUUCUCUGUAUUAUAAUCGAUCAACCGCCCAAAAAUAAAUACAAAUAUUUUCUUAUAAGAACGGCUGAGCUGUUUUAAAUUAAUUAAACUGUUACAUAAUUAACUUGUGUAAGUUUGGUGUAAGACGAUAUAUAUUCUCGCAAAUCGUGUGCAGUGUGAAAUUUUGAACUGAAUAUUAUGACUGAUUGUUUACACGUUUCGUAAGCUGAAAAUCUAUUGAAAUUCACAAUGUCCUUGAAGAAAGAGUCUCGUACCGAUGUGCAGUUCCACCUGGCAGCGCUGCGGGGUGACUGCAGCAGGCUCCGGCAACUGCUGGACACCGGGAAGGUGCACAUCGACUCCAGGGACAGGGAUGGCACGACGCCCCUCAUCCUGUCAGCAGCGAUGGGCCACACUGACUGCGUCCAGGAGCUACUGGAACAGGGCGCAGACCCCGCCUGCUGCAGAACGACAGGAACGAGUGCGUUGUUCUUCGCGGCUCAGGGCGGGUUCCUGGACAUAGCCAAGCUGCUGCUCGACGGUGGAGCGGCCAUAGAUGCACCCAGCACGGACGGUGGCACCCCAUUAUUCGUGGCGUGUCAGUGUGGACAUUUGCCAGUCGUUGAAGAGCUGAUACGGAGAGGUGCCAAUGUUAAUUCCUGUAUGAAGGACGGCGCGACGCCGCUGUUCAUCGCGGCGCAGAACGGACACGCGCACGUGUGCGCGGCGCUGGUGGCCGCCGGCGCGCGCGUGGACGCCGCGCGGGCCGACCGCGCCACGCCGCUCUGGAUCGCGGCGCAGUGCGGACACGACCACGUCGCGCGCACGCUGCUCGCCGCGCGCGCCGCCGUCGACCACGUGCGACAGGAUGGUGCGACUCCAUUGUUCAAGGCGGCACAUAAGGGUCACGUCGCAGUUGUUGUUGAAUUGCUCAAAUAUAAUCCUAACUUAGGAUUGUUACCUAACGGUCAGUCGGCGCUGCACGGCGCGGCCAUGUUCGGUCAGCUGGGCUGCGUGCGCGCGCUGGCGGCGGCGUCCGGCGCGUCCGGACUGCGGCUGCGGGACGGCGCCGGACGCACGCCGCUGCAGGCCGCGCGCGCCGCCGGACGCGCGGACGUCGUCCACUACCUCGAGCGGCACCCGCUGCUGGCCGCCGCCGCCGGGCGACGCUAGCGGCGGCUACUACGCACCGCCCGCCUCUAGUGCGCCGCCGGGCGACGCUAGCGGCGGCUACU